AUGUGUUAUUUUGACUUUCAACAGUAACAGAGCGAUUUGGUGGAGCGAAUCGAGUAGGGUUUCGGAUUCUUCGUUGAAGUUGCCGCUGACCUUGGCGUUCGCGGCUUUAAUUGACUGCCACGAGGAGAUCGGAUCUCCGCCCCGAUUCCCUAUCUGCCGUAUUCUUCUGAUCUAGUUCGCUUUUUAAAUUUCAAAAUAUAAUACGAUGAGGGCACCGUCUCUCCUUGCGCAAUGCUUGCCGGCGUUGAUGCCGCAUGACAAGGUUAGCCAGACUGGUGUUCCUGCUGUCUCUGAGAGGGAUUUACACCUUCCUUCUCCUGCUGUUGAAGUUAUUCCUUCUAAGAAUGCACAUCCAUACAAAUAUGCUGGGGAAAAUGUUGAUCUGCAAGGGCUCAAACUUUUCAAGGGAAGAAUCAGUGUAACAGAUAUGAUUGGAUUUUCAAGUUUGGAGACGUCAUCAUCCAAAUCUGAUGGAUCUCUUAAAUGCUGGGAGAGUUCAACAGAUCUCUUAAGUAUUCUUAAACUAGAGAUUCGUGAUGGGCUCCUAAGUUUCAGAGGCAAAAGGAUUCUAGAGCUUGGUUGCGGUUAUGGUUUAGCUGGGACUUUCGCCUGCCUUAAGGGUGCUUCUACAGUUCAUUUUCAUGAUCUGAGUGCAGAAACUAUAAGAUGUGCAACCAUACCAAAUGUCCUUGCAAAUAUUGAGCAGGCUAGGGACAAGCAGAGUCGCCAACCAGAGAGCCCUCUCACUCCAUCACGACAGCAGUUGACUUCGGAUGUUCAUUUCUAUGCUGGGGAUUGGGAGGAGCUCCAUACAGUCUUAUCAGUGGUGAGAGUGGAAGGUCUUGACUUGUCACAGGGGGCUAGCCUUAGCUUCUCUGAGGACGACUUUAUGGAGGCAUGUAGCAGUCAAGAUGAUAGUGUGCUUGCUCAUGAAGCUGAUUCAAGACGAUCAAGAAAGCUUUCUGGAAGCCGGGCCUGGGAAAGAGGAAGUGAGACACACCCAGGAGACGCUGGCUAUGAUGUCAUUUUAAUCACUGAGAUUCCUCAAUCAGUAAAUUCCUUGAGGAAGCUAUAUACACUUAUAACAAAGUGCUUACGGCCACCGUAUGGAGUCUUGUAUUUGGCUGUGAAGAAAAACUUCAUAGGUUCCAGUGGUGUUGUGCGGCAGUUAAGAGCCAUGGUGGAUGAGGAAGGCAUUUUCGGCAUCCAUAUCGUUACCGAGGUCACUGACAGGGAUAUCUGGAAAUUCUUUUUCAAGUGAGCAUGGUUGGAAGAUUAGUUUAGUUUAUACCACCAGUUCAGGCACAGAGCCACGAUGUAUAUGAUGUCUAAGGUUUUUUUUUUUUUCAUCUGAAUUUCAAAAUAAGUCUCAGCAAUACUAGACCUAUAUGAACUUUGGUGGAAAAGCUACAAUGCUACCAUUUUGUAGAUAAGUAUUCUGUAAUUUGUUUGUUUAUUCAAGUUCAAUUUCUGUAGUUAAAUCUUAUUGUUGUAAAAUUUCGCCAGCAAGUUUUGUGGAUUUUAAUUCA